CAYCCAGUAAAUCAUGUCGUCCAGGAUACGAGAGCUCUGUAAAGAUUUCUGCGGCUACAGCACUCUACAUGGUCUGCAUUUCUUGUUCGAUUCGCCAUGGACUAUUCGUCGAGCCAUCUGGUUCGUAUUGCUGUUGGCUGCGACAUGCAUGUUUUUCUACCAAGCACAUGAAGCAUACGUGAAGUGGAGGAAACAUGAAGUCUACAUCAUGACAAAGUUUGAAUUUCAAAAGGAACUGAAGUUCCCCUCUGUUACUAUUUGCAACAAGAAUAUGUUAAAAAAGAGCAAAAUACWAGGGAARGACGGACAGCUUUGGCUGGAUGGRCAAAACCAUCAGUUCAAGAACGACUGGCCAAAAAUCCACAGCAAAAUAAAACCUUCUUUCGACAUCGAGAAGGAAGUUCUUGAAAAUGGCCAUCGYRCGARCGAUAUCAUCAAGGAAAUGAGAUUUGCUGCUGUGUGUCAGAACUUAACCGUCAAGAGCUUUUUCGAUGUGACAUCAGGUUUGUGCCACACCAUUCACGUCAAGGGCAAGGUUCAAAAGCUUGGAGAGAGUUAUGGAUUGUCCCUUCUAUUAGACACUGAGCCMCACGAGUAUUAUGGACCAUACAGUUGGGAUGGCACUGGGUUCAUACUCAUGGUCCAUGACCCAGACAUUUAUCCAGUAAUGGACUACCACGCUAUUGAUAUUGCUACUGGAUUUAAAACUAAUCUCAGAAUUCGAAAAAAGAUGAAAAUCCAUUUGGAAGAUCCUUAUCCAGCCAAAUGCGGCACAAAAAAGCUUAAAAGUUCAAAUGUCUACUCUGAAASCAGAUGCWUGAUGGAACAAUAUGCCGAUGAAGCAGGAAAGAAAUGUGGWUGUCGUUUACUYGGAUCACCUGUCAUCAGUGAAAAGAACAAAAGAUAUUGUAAUGUCACCGAAAUUGUGAAUUGCACAUUUACCGCUUUAUACAACUACAAUUUCGAUGGCAGUGAAUGUCCAACAAACUGUACCAAUGUGUUUUACGAUGUGCAAAGCUCAUCGAUUGUCUAUCCURCAAAAUCAGCAUUAGACGACGACUUGUCUAAAAACGAAACAACUUUAUGUGGCUUAAAAUAUAACUUUAGGCAAGAGUUCAACGAGUCCAAAAUUGGGGAUGAAACAUUCUUGGAGUGGUUUAGAGGCAGAUAUGCCCGAGUGACAGUCUUUUUUUCGUCAAGAGAUUUGGAACUAAUACAAGAAAUGCCUGCYUUUGAUGACGUGGAUUUUGCUGGAAACCUUGGUGGUAACAUGGGGCUGUACUUAGGAUGUAGUAUCUUGACACUGGUAGAAUUCGCUGAUUUGCUUGCACUGGUCACCUUCCAAUGGUUCAAGAAAAAACACCAUAAGGUGUCCGAAGUGAACAAGCAACAAGCUUCAGACAAAACGGCCGAGACGACCUAGGAUCACUUUCAGCUCAUUCUACAUGAUAUGCUCCAUCAAUUAGGAUUUUAUUUAAUAUUUGCUAUUAAUAACCCCUUGAUUUGCUAAUGAAUGUGCUCAAUUAGCACAUGAUCUUACAACUGACAAUUAAGAAAAGUUUUUUUUUCACUCUGCACGCUAUUUUUGAUGAACCCUCAUUCUAAUUGAUCCAAAAARUCCUUUGGGAUUUGAUGCCAGAAAUCCCUAUUGGAUCCUUACUAAGUUUUGAGGCCAAUAAGUCCACUGAUAAGGCUGCAUACGUAUAUGGGGACAUGCUAUCUAUGCGGCUGUAACGCAUUUGAGGAUGUAGAGUGCUGCCAUAUAUAUUGAGUGCUCGACAAACUUAACUUUCUCCACGAGAUCUAAGACUCUCUAGCUCUCUAGAAAGUCGAUUACCUGGACAUGGCCGGAUCAUUAUCAGGAUCGAGAUAAAAAUUGAGAAUUAAAUUAUAUAUCUUUAUUUCACAGGAAUUUCUAUUAAUUCCAACAUUUAAUCUCUAUAACAUUUUUAAUUCUAUAUUUAAGUCUCCCUGUUUAGUUCAUAUCUUACAUAAUAACCUUAAAUUUGCAUAAGAUYUUCUGUAAAUAUUGUCGUUUUCGUUGUAAAAGUGAGUCACACUGAGGAUGAGGUCUUGUAUGUCUGCAUAUAACAUUAAAACUGAAUAUUAUAAAGUACAUCCAAAUUGUUACUCAUUGUAAUAAUACACAGACCAUUUGGAUCUAUACUCCACAACAUUUAAUCCUGGCACGCAAAUUAUAUAAUUAUUGAUAUAAAAUAUAUACCUUUUAGCAUUAGUGAGGCUAGCACCUUACCGUGUUAGGUAAUGAAGAUACUAAAAGACUAAAAUCUUAUAAGAUUAUUGAUAUGUUAUCCUCUAUUUGAUGAACACAUGAAAUACGUGUAUAGAUUUUACUUUGUGCCCCAAGUUGGCACAGGCGAACUGUCAAUCACAUUACAUCAUUAUCAGGUGCAAUGAAUGACAGGAACUUAAAAUAACGGGGCAUUUUCGUUUAUGUGUGAAUUGGUGAACCUACAAUCAGUGCAGCUGGUGCGUUCUCAUCCGAGUAUUCUAGAGGGUCCUUGAAACUCCUUGCAUGCAGAGAUCCAAAAGUCAUUUCAAGGACCGUUACUAAAAACCCUUGAAAACAGCUAGAAAGACUUGUAAAUACUGAUAAAAACAGCAAGUAAAUAAUAAAAACCUAAAGGUGA